AUGCUGUCGCCCUCCACACUCGUCGUUGCGGCCAAUGACGGCCUGGCUUACGCAAAGCAUCCAUGCGUCGUCCUUAUUCUCCUGCUCGGCACCUCCGCGACGGGAGCCUCCUUCUCGCUCGCGUGCUCGCUGUUUUGUGGCUGGGCGUGGCUGCAGGCUCUGGUGGGCUUCACUCCGUCCCUCUGCCGUGGCGGCGGUGGCUGUGCUGCCACCAUGUUACUUACUUCUGUGCUACUCAGUGCCACCGCGCCGCCGCCUCCGCGCGCGGGGACCCUCUACUUUGAGCUUUCGGCGACGGCGGACUUCAACAUCUCGAUCGGCGCGAGCCGAUCGGGCAUGCUGGUCGGCACAUUCUCAACGCCGUCCCGGUUCCACCUCUCCUCCAUAGGCGAGGCGGAUGGAGUGGCCGGGGGGGAGGAGUACUCGCCGGUGCUUCUGCUGCCGCAGGGCAGCUACGCGCGCCUCACCAUCUCGGCCGUUGACCGCCUCGGCCACUCGCUCGUCAGUCCCGCUACGUUCGAGCUCGGGCCAGACGAUGCCUUCCCGUGGGCAGCGGCUGCCAGGCUCGCCCUGCCUGGCGCUGCCGCCGCCGCCGACAACACGAGCCCGGCUGCGAGCUCGAGCGGCGCGACUGGCGGCCUACUGCCCGCGACGCCGGCGCCGCCGCUCUCCGCCAACCGCCGACGGCUGCGCGGGCGUGUCAUGCGAGGGAUGCUCGGGUCGAGGCCACUCACCCGCGGCGUCGGCUCCUUUGGAUCUCCGCACAGAGGUGUCCCCUCCGCGGCGGCGCACGGAACGUCGCCACGCGGCUCCUUCUCGGCUCCGCACCGCGCCGGCUACGGCGGGCCGCUCCCACCACGCUCGGGAGGCUAUGGAGGGCUCGGCGGACACGAAGGCUUCUUCCGGCCGCCGAUGUACCGCUCCGUCUUUGCCGAUCCCUUCAUCUCGGGCGCGCUGAGAUGCAUGGUCGUCGCGCACGUUCUGCGGUCGCCCCACCAUCACCACCGCAGCGGGGGAGGCAGUCUCGGCGGCGUGCCGCCUCCGCCCGGCGUAGCCCCCCCCGAGUACUACUACGGCGCCGCCGCUGUCCCAAACGGCACUCGUCUGAGGGUCGUGCCGGCGGCACACCACCGUGCGCUUCCAGCACAGGCCGCGGCCGACGCUGGCGGCUCCAGCUGCUCCUCGCGCGUCGAGUGCGGUCUCACCGCCGAGCGGCUGCUGCUGACGCCACACGACCGAUACGUCCUCGUCUCGGCCGUGCUACGCCUGCCGCCACCCUCCUCCACCGGCCUCGCCCCCGGCUGGCCAAUAGCAUUGCGUGUGCAACAUCUGCAUUUGGCCGGCGGCGCCACUGCUCCGGGCGGCUUCGCUGCACCGCUGCUUGGGCUGCAGGAGCCGCGUCCAACGCCCGCUCCGCCGCCGCCCGCUUUGUGGCUGCUGCUCCUCGCCGCAACGCUGUUUGGCCUCUACCGCGGUAGUCAGCCCUCUUCCACCGCACCGGCUGUCUGUGCCGACGGCGAACUGGUUGGCUCGCGGGUGCAGACCGAGUGGACCGUCGAGGAGGGCGGCGACGGCCAGUGGUACGCCGGCACCGUCGUCGCCCUCUACCCCGGAGGAGGCGCCGCAGUCGAGCACGACGAUGGCAGCCUCUCGAGCGUGUACACUCUGCGUGGGGAGAGCGACGACGAGGAGCGCGGCUUGGGCGGGCUCCGAGGGCUACCUGUCGCCGCGCCGGUGGCGGCGCACGGGGGAGGUGCGGGAGCGUACCCCGGUGUGCAGGCGGUGGCGCGGCCGGUGUGA